CGAGAGUAUAAGUCACACACUGAUGUGCCGGUAACUCGGUCAAGAGAUCGUUGCGAGACUUCCCUCCCCCUGAGUUACAGCCAAUCCACAGUGACAGAGCGGGGAGGGGCGGGGCGUGUGUGUGGGAAUCUCACAGCCUGGAACUCACGGUCCGGGGAAUCACCAACAGCAGCUCAAUCAGGAUCUUCCUCCGCCCCAUCAACCGGCAAUGAGCCAGUCUGCCCCCGCCCCGGGUCACUGCAGGGAAGAUGCCAAACACAAGCCCCAACACUGGCAGUGCCAUUGAUUUAAGUCCCAUCCUCGACUCUACGCUGCCAUGGCAAAGUUAGAAUCAAGAUCUGUCCUCAGCGACGCAGCCUACCAGAGCCAAGAAUCCUUCCACUCAUUCGUUAGCAGGUCCUCUGAUUCGCCCCCCCAUUGCACUAUGGGAAGCGUAGGCAGCGGAGUGGCCAACGACCAAGAGUUUCCAAUGAAGAGCGUAGGGACCAGGACUCAGCACAGCUUCAAGCAAAACGACAAUUCUAGGAACGGCUACUCAAACCGCUACUCGGGGGAGGAGAAGAUCUACAAGUUGGAAAAAAACACCAGCUCCAUGUACAUCAACGGUGAACAGCGCAAAAGCGAGAAGAUGAAGACGGACACAUGCGGCAACGUUAGUGCCAACAAUGAAAAGAAUAUGCCACAGGCAGCUCAGUACAGGGAUUCCAACCCCCCAAAGAUAUUACCUGUCUCUGGAAAGUUGGAGCAGAGCAAUGAACCUUUGGUAAGACCUUCUGCCUUUAAACCAGUAGUUCCGAAAAACUUUCACUCCAUGCAGAACCUGUGUCCACCAUUGAACAAUGGAGUAAUAGAGAACAGAAAGAGCUCAAACCAUGGGAACAGCAAUAGCUCAGCUGCCAUGAAAAAUAGUCUUGAGAAGUCAAGCCACAACAGGUCAUCCAACCAGGUAGGAGGUCUUUCAGAUUCCGGUCGGAAUUCUCUGACAAGCUUACCAACUUAUGGGAGCGGCUACAGCCAGCACAUUGGCCCAAUGAGCGCAUCAACGAGCCAUAUAAAUCGCAUCGGGUCUAGCUAUGUUGAAAAGAACAUAGUGGGUUAUAAUGGAACAACUACCUCAGAGUGUGGACGAUCUUCCAGCAAGAGUGCCUCCUCUUUUAGUAGACUGAACCAUCUCAGUGAGUCGUUGCCUUUCCACUCACCCUCAAGUGAUGACAUUAUCCAAGAUUUAGAAGAUCGACUGUGGGAAAAGGAACAAGAAGUCAUACAGGUGAAAAGAAGCUUGGACAAAAGCGAGGCGGCCAUUUUUCAAGUCUUUGAAGAGAAGCAAAAGAUCUGGGAGCGGGAAAUGGAGGAUUUAAGACAAAAUUAUGCCAACAAGCUUCAGCAAGUCUCCAAGAAAGCGCAAAGAGCCCAGCAGGCUCUGCAACUGCAGAUAUUUAAGCUCCAGCAAGACAAGAAAAAGCUGCAAGAUGAUGUGGCCCAACUUUUACAGGAGAGAGAGGAGAUAGAGAAAAAAUGCAUGGCUUUCAAAAAGGAGCAGGCAGAGUUCCUCCCGAAAAUAGAGGAAACCAAGUGGGAGGUUUGCCAGAAAGCAGGAGAAAUCUCGCUCCUGAAGCAGCAGUUGAAAGACAGCCAGGCAGAUGUAUCCCAGAAACUAAAUGAUAUUGUUGGCCUUAGAACACAACUUAAGGAAGCCAUGGCCUUUCUGAAGGAGAAAGAGGAACAUAUUACUUCUAUUAAAGACUCUUAUAGCUCCAAGAGCGUCAGCCUGGAGAUCUGUGAGAAUGAAAUGCAGAGGAAGCAAAGUGAAGCUCAGCAGAUGAAAGAGAAGCUGAGCCAAUAUGAACAAGAGAUAUCAAGCUUGAAAGAAACCUUGGUGAACCUUGGACAAAAUCCUUACACCAUUGAGCUUAAUGAAAAGUUGAAGGAUACUCUUGCUUGUGAAAGCGAUGAGGCCAAAAUGAAGCGCCAAAAUGAGGACAAUGUCAUUAGUCUGAAGAAGGAUAUAGAGAGGCUGCAGUUGGAACUAACGAUACAGAGGCAACAAAGGGAUCAGCAGGUGGCGGACUUUGAGGAGGAGAGACGUACCUGGCAAGAGGAGAAAGAGAAAGUCAUUAAGUACCAGAAGCAGCUUCAGCUCAACUAUGUGGAGAUGUACCAGAAAAACCAACAGCUUGAGCAAAAGAUCAGUGAAAUCACCACCAAGGUGACGACACCUCCAGCAGAAGAUAAAAAAGCAUGGACACCUUCCAGGCUUGAGAGAAUAGAGUCCACAGAGAUAUAAAAGAGGAUGGUGGAUCACAUAUACACAGCUAGAUUCUCACUGUGCAUAUGCAGCCUUUUCCAGGUCAUGGUCAUCAGGGGGAAAUAAUUCAAAUAGACCCUUCAGCAAUGAGGAGACCAGCAGCUGCAGCCUUGGCCAGGUCUUCUCAGUAAGCAGAAGGUGUCAGAGCAGGGGAACGGAUGCUUGCUGUGGCCCCACUAAAAAUGAAGAACAUGUGGUAUACAGUUUGUUAUGCUAUGUGUCUGUUUACCCUGUUGCAUGCACUUUUCUCUGCCUGUAUGGCGUAGAGUGCAUUGCCUCGGCGUUGUGCUCCUCAUGCCCUUGUGCAGAUCAGAGGUGAGGCAAACUCUGACUGUUGACUGGCCCCUUUCUCAUUUUGGGAUUUGUGCAAAGAAAAAAAAAGUCAAAGUGACUUGGAUUCUGGGAUAUUUUAGCCAUAUUGGCUAGUGGAGGGAAGGUUGGAUGUGCUGUAUAAUCUAGCAAUCUACCUAUACACAUAAAGAAUUCUAGCCACUGUUUACUGUGAAUUAUCCAAAAAAAAAUUCUUUUUUUAUGCAGGGAAUCUCACUAAAUUUGGACUCUCUCUGUGUAUGUCUGUAAGUAGGAGUCAGACACAAGUCCCUUGUUGCUAGGGAUAAACAACCCGAAUGAUCGGGAAGCCAAUCCCAACAUUCCCUUUGGAGACUUAUUUUUAUGGAAUUGUUUCCCAGGUUCUAAUACAGAGAGCAAGCUGGGUUUUAUGUUUUAUCAUAGAGUUUAGCAGAACUUAGUGGUGUUUCCUGGUAGUUUAGGUAGUAGGUUUUGUUAGCAAUAAAAUGCAGACUGUAGAGGUAGGAGAUGUUGGCCAUACCAAUAUCAGAGCGAUGCAGAGUCAUGGUGGGCUACACAAGUUUCAAGCAUUAAAGCAUAGAAGAAGACUGUUAAAGAAUAUAUUAGACUGUAUAAGUUACAAGUGCCAUUUAAAACUAAGGUUACAGUGAGUUGUCCUUAGCAUCACCUACAAUAGACACAUGGUUUUGGAUUGAGUUCUACGUAGCCCAGAUAAUGCUACAGCUAGUCAAUCCUGUUGACGUCACAACUGAUCGAUUUUUGAGGAAGGUAAGGCCCAAGGGUGCCUAAUGCUCCGGCCAAGUCAUUGUUGCUACGGGAUUCCAAGGGCUGAUCUUUGUGAAUCCUCCAGUAAGCUGUAAGCUCUUAUGCCCAGGUGCAUUCUGGUGAGGCUGCUUCCUUCUAGCCUUAAGACAUCAACCUUUAAGACCUAGCACAUAUAGCAGCCAUUAGAAUUCUAAUACUGGAGUCUGACACAUCUUCCCAACUCCCUGUGACCUUCUGCUCAUCACUUUAUCCACCCUGUGCCUCUCCAUAGUCAACAUUCUAUUUUCCAUAAACAUUUUAAUUGAGCAACGCUGCAUAUAAUUAGCAAAGCUUUGCCAAUACGUAUAUAUUUGCAUACACGGUUAAUUGAUAUUGAAAUAUAUAUUUAUUAAAACUAUCCCUGAGUUAUUAAAUAUUUGGUGCACCCAGCAAUUUCCAAACUGGAUACACAUAGCUGAGCAUGCUGGGAACUGGAGUUCUCACAAAGCAGGAAUCUGAGAGUUCAAGUAUUCCAACAAUAGCAGUUCAAAUUGUUCUGAUAGAUCAAGACCAGGACAAUCCAUCUUUAGGCCCUUAAGACAUUUAAAUUCCAAAGGAGCCCUAUGCAUAUAUUAGGGGCCCUUGGACAGUUCAAUGUUUAAAGGGAUACUAACAAUUUAUUUCCCUCAAUAUUCAUGAUGUUUGGCACAGGUAUGGGACCUGUUUAUGUGUACUAAAAAUAAUUCAAACAUUAUAUAAACCCAAUAGGAUUGUUUUGCCUCUAAUAAGAAUUAAUAUAUCCAAAAUAUUCUUCUUGGAAAUAAAUGAUGAUAAUAUCCCAUUAAACAUCUGUCUGUGUAACUCCAGAUGAGUCUCCCCAGUGAUGGGAACAUAGUCCCUAAGAAUGAUCAAUCAAUAACAUUAAGGCCUAAAGAUGUUUUAGACCAAACUGCCCAAAAACUUUGGGGUUCAGACCAAAGACAAUGGCAGUCCUUCUUCAGGAAACACAAAAAGGACCAAUUUAUAUCAUUUUAUAUAACGUAGAGUUAGUUUGUAGGCAGAGUAACCGCCAGAGUAGGAAGGUUUGACCUUUGCCAAUGACCUGUGCCUGGAAGCCAAGAAUAUUCCUUUGGAAGUCACCGUUCACAGUGGGUAGAGUGUCUUUAUCCGCUAGAUUCCGCUCCAUGAUAAAUGCUGCAAUGAACUGUGAGUGUGCUUGUUUACUAAACCUGAUCUACGGCCCAGGGAGGUAGAGGAUAAGGAGCCUUGAUGUUAAUGUUAAAGGACCACUGAUACCUGGAAUUGCAUCAGAUGUUCUUCAACAGGCCGGGGAAAGGGGGUAUUUAAAUACGAUUUAACAUUAAAUAUAUAACAAAUACAGUGUUCUUGGAACGACAAAUCCCAGCAUCCCUUCAAUGGCUAAAGGAGCAUGCUGGGUAAGUUGCAGGUUGCCCAGCCCUAGAUUUAAGGAAGAGUAAAUUCUAUUUUUAGGCGCAUAUCUAUUUUCCCCUAUGUGGACUGAAAAGUGAGUUCAUCUAACUGUGUGCAAAGUUUGUAUAUUUGUAUUUUUACAUGCGAGUAGGAUCUGCCAUGGUGUUUCGCUUUUGCUACAACGAAGUGUAAGGGAGUAGCUCAUUGUGCACACGGACCAUUUGCCUAUUAAAUUUAUACAUAGGGGUGGAAGCUGCCAUAUUGUUCACUUUAAAUGAGUUUACUGUGUGCCCUUCUCUGUUUAUUUGUAUUUGUACCAUAUAUAAGCUUUAAUAUAUCCUUGGUUUUGGCAUUUUCCCGUGUGUUCCAGUUUAAUCGCAUUCUCUGUGGCUCAGAAGCUGAUGAUUCAGUGGAUAAUGUCCAGUGCCAUCACUACCUUCAACAGGGGGUCCCCAGAAAGGACCUGUACCCCCGGCACUCUCCUUCAUGCAGGCAGGAAUUGGGGUUGUGGUAUUGUGAUAUUAAAGGGGCCCAGGAAAAGUGAACUUACACCACUGGGCAGGGGCAAACAAUAGGGUAGCUCCUAUUCAU